AUGUAUGGGCAGAAAAAUGUUCGUUAUAUUAGGUUGAAAAUUAUGGAUGAACAAGCAAAUAAUGAAGCAGAAAUAAUUAACAACAACGAACAACAUGAUAAUGUUUCUAAUGCCAAUGCAAGUGUGCCAACUACUCCUACAAUAGUGAAUAUUGGCCUUGUAAAAACUUUUCGAAUGAUGAAGGAAAUACUUGGAGGUUAUGAUAAUGUUGGAGCUUCCAAGCAAGAUUUUAAAAUUUUUCACAUAGAUUUAAAAGCAUUCAUUCAAGGGUCCGAUGCUCAAAUGUACAACAUGGUAUUUACUCCAUUUACAGAGGUUGAUCAUCACAAGAGUUGUAUCACUUUUGCGGCUGGUUUCAUAGCAAAGAAAGAUAUUGAAUCAUUUGAGUGGCUUUUCAAAACAUUUCUAAAGGCAAUGGGCAAUAAUGAACCUAAUUGUUUGAUCACAGAUCAAGAUCAAGAUCCAGCUAUGAAAGUUGCUAUUAGUAGAGUGUUUCAAAAAUCUGAACAUCGGUUCUGUAUGUGGCAUAUAAUGAAAAAGUUGCCCGAUAAAGUAGGGCGAGCAAUCACAAAGGAGGAAACAGGAUUCCUGAAAAAAAUAUGUGCCUGUGUUUGGCAUCUUGAAAUUGAGCCAGAUGAGUUUGAAGAAAGGUGGAAUAAGGUGAUGGUUGAGUUUGAAUUGGAAGGAAAUGAGUGGUUGUGUUAUAUGUACGAGAUAAGGGAUAAGUGGAUUCCGACAUAUUUCAGAGAUGUGUUCCUGGGAGGAAUAAUGCGUACCACAUCAAGAUCAGAAAGUGAAAAUAACUUUUUUUGCUCCUUUAUCAAUCCUCACGUGUCACUUGUUGAGUUUUACAUGAGAUAUGAAGCUGCAAUUAAUGCCCAAAGACACACUCAAGGUCAAAAUGACAAUGAUUCAAAGCACAAAUACCCAGAGUGCAAGACACCACUAGGGAUAGAAAAGUAUGCCUCAACCAUAUACACUAUUUCUGUUUUUUAUGAUUUCCAAUAUGAGGUAGAAAUGGCUUGUUUUUCUUGUGGGUGUGAAGAGUUUAAGAGAGAAAAUGGAUUAGAAAUUGCAAAAGUAAGUGAAGGGGGUCGGAGUAGAACAUUUGAUGUUGUGUUUAAUCCGACUAACCAAGAGACAACAUGUUCUUGCAAGUUGUUUAAUAGAUGGACUACUAUGGCAACGAAAAGACCAAUAUUUGACCUGGGAGGAAAUCUGUUGGAACAAUGUGCUAAUAUAGACAAGAAAAAGUUGUUGAAUAAGUUGUGGUCAGAGAUACAUAAUUGUGUUAGUUUGGCAGAGGGUGACGAUGAUGAUAUAAAAGACCUUGUGAUUAAUUUUCGAGGAUUGAGGCUGGAUUUGGAAGCUAAGAGGAAUGCAAGAAGUAAUGGUGAAAGGAAUGCAACUAACAAAGAAAAAGACAUAGAACUAUUAAUUGGAGCUAGUGUUCCAACUGAAAUAUCUAUCAAACCUCCAAAAAUUUCGAAGAACAAAGGCACAGGAGUUCAUUUGUCAAAUACUGAAACGAGAUCUGUAGAGACUUCAAAUGUUGAAACAAGAUCUGUAGAGACUUCAAAUGUUGAAACAAGAUUUGGAAGUGGAAAAAGACUAAAGGGAGACAAAGAAAAGGAAGUAGAACAAAAUCAGAAAAAAAGAGGUUAUGCAAAGGUUGUAGGGAAUUGA